CUCCUGAGUUUGGGGGCAGGUGGGUAACUGCCCCAAGAAACCUCUCCUGCGAUGGAAGCCGCCCGCCUCCUGCCCAACUUCACUCUGUGCCUGCAGCUACUGAUUCUCUGCUGUCAAACUCAGGGGGAGAAUCACCCGUCUCCUAAUUUUAACCAGUACGUGAGGGACCAGGGUUCCAUGUCCGACCAGCUGAGCAGGCGGCAGAUCCGUGAGUACCAGCUGUACAGCAGGACCAGCGGCAAGCACGUGCAGGUCACCGGGCGUCGCAUCUCCGCCACCGCCGAAGACGGCAACAAGUUUGCCAAGCUCAUAGUGGAGACAGACACCUUUGGGAGCCGGGUACGCAUCAAGGGGGCUGAGAGCGAGAAGUACAUCUGCAUGAACAAGAGGGGCAAGCUCAUCGGGAAGCCCAGCGGGAAAAGCAAAGACUGCGUGUUCACGGAGAUUGUGCUGGAAAACAACUACACGGCCUUCCAGAACGCGGGGCAUGAGGGCUGGUUCAUGGCCUUCACACGGCAGGGCCGGCCCCGCCAGGCUUCCCGCAGCCGCCAGAACCAGCGAGAGGCUCACUUCAUCAAGCGCCUCUACGAAGGCCAGCUGCCCUUCCCCAACCAGGUCGAGAGGCAGAAGCAGUUCGAGUUUGUGGGCUCAGCCCCCACCCGCAGGACCAAGCGCACUCGGAGGCCACAGCCCCUGACGUAGUCAGGGACACAGGGGGUGGGCAGCUGCCCCUCACCAGCCUUCCCAUCCCCUUCCCUU